UGUUUUGCCGACUUUUAUGCCAAAGGGGAAUCCGGACGACAUAACUGACGGACUUUGGACAACCGAACGGACAUGUCGACGCCAGCUUCAUCGUCAGCGGCAUCCCCUCCGGGGAAAGCCGUUGAUGAGUCGGUUAAACAUCUCCACCUGAUUGAUGCCAUGCGCACAAAUGACAUACCAACUAUUACUGCAGCAGUCCGUCGCCUCGCAGAUAGCACCGUGACACCUUCCUAUGGCAGUCCUCUUCACCUUGCCAUCUCCCUAUGUUCGACGCCGGUGGUUGAGCACCUCGUUGCAACCUUUGGAGAUGCACUCAAGAUCUGGGUAAAUGCACGCAGUCUACCUGACGGUGAAACCCCGUUGCAUGUCGCUGCAAAACUAGGGAGGGCUGACAUCGUCGAGGUGAUCUUCAAAAUCAAAGGAUUGGAUGAUACCAUUCGAGACGCCGAUGGAAGGACGGCGGAGGAAGUGGCAAAGUCGGAGCGAAUAGCGGGGUUGGUUGUCGCUCAUAAGACGCAGUACGCAGAAAAGAUCCUGUCGACGGUCCGACAACACCUUCAUAACAAUGCAACACAAGCUGCGAUCGAUGUGUUCAAGAACGAUGCCCGAGCAAAUGCAUACCUGUCGAUGGGAUGGAUUGAUAUCAAUGCACCCAUUGAUCCCGAAACUGAACACAGUUUCCUGCAUUUUGCGGCCAAAGCAGAUGACGUCCAGCUUUUGAAUUGGGCGCUGGAGCGAGGCGCGGAUCCGGGUGUCAAAGAUAGGAAGGGAAAGAAGCCGGUUGAUCUCUGCCCAAAGAAGGACAGCAACACAAAGGAGAAGCUCAAAACAGCAAUUGCACAGGCUCCCAUCAUGUCCGGCAGCCUACCGCAAGCCACUUCCUCAACGUCAGGAGCACACAAUCCACAAGCUCCGACUUUGCGGGGCACCCUUUUCAAAUGGACCAACUAUGCUGUGGGCUACAAAAACCGCUACUUUGUUCUUGAGCACGGGAAUCUCUCCUACUACAAAUCUUCUACCGACUACCCCCUGGCAUGCCGCGGGUCCAUCUCGACAAUGAUUGCUAAUGUAGUACUACCCGACUCUAGCGAUAAAAGCCGAUUCGAUGUGGUUGGAAAGGGAAGCGUCCGAUACUCGUUGAAGGCACGGAGUCCUGCUGAUGCUAAAAAGUGGGUCUGGGCAUUGAUGGAGAGCAAAAAGUACAUGAUUGAUCGUGCCAAAGAUGCAAGCGGAGACACUUCGCACACAAGCGUCGAAGAGAAGGAAGGUAGCGAGGAAUGGGAGCAAGAAUCGAGCGCUGGUGAAGAUGAGGCCCCUUCUGUGCGACUGUCGGUUGCUACGGACCUUGCAGCAUCUGGAAACAACCUCAAUGUUCCCGCUGAAGAGGGACCACUUGGUUCUGCAAGGUCUUCGGUUUCAGGUGAUGGUGACCGACAUUAUCCGGCCAGCGUUCACACCACACGAACCGCACAGGACGCCCUGCCGACCACGUCAACCCAAGAUAUUGGUACACUAAUGUACCUUUUGAAUGUGCAAUUGGACGUUCAACAGCGCGUUGUAGAGGCGCUUGUGGAUGCAUUAACAGUCCAUAGCAGUAACCUUAGCACUUCGACAGAUCCAUCUGCGGGAGGACCGGUUUCAUCCAAUACUUCGUUUUUACAGGAAGUGGACGUUUCAAAUUUGCCGUCCUUACUCCAAAGUUCAUCCAAACACGUACAGGAUACCGUGCGGAAGCUGGUCGAACGCUGCGAGCAACGUCAACGGCAUUGGGCGAGGAGAUGGAAGAAGGAAAAAGAGAGUCGGAGAAGAUGGGAGGAGGUGGUGCAGAAAGUCUUGGGAAUUGAAGGGUUACCGAGCGGGCAAAAUAUUACAUUGCGGGUUGGGCAUCCUGUUGGUGGUUCUGAUACAGUGUCCAUAGCUACCUCGGGACAUGGUGAUGUUGACUUGGAGGAGGACGAGUUUUUGGAGACGGAGGACGGUGAUGUCUUUUACGAUGCCAUCGAAACGGACACAUCGGCUGCGAAAACGGACACGGGAUAUAUUGAGAACAUGUUUGGAUUUGAUGCGAUCGAUGAAAGUGUUGGAAAACCUGUUUUGGCGCGGAGACCUACUCGGACAGCAACAUCAAUGUCUCUGGUCCUUCCCUCUGGACAUGUGAUAUCUCGAAAAGCUCUCGAAAAAUCCUUGUACGGAUAUCCACCGACAGGUAACUACCGUACCUCGCUUCCUCUAGACCCAUCCACCCCGAAGCCGUCUCUGGCCGUCUGGUCUUUCCUCAAAUCCGCGAUCGGAAAGGAUUUGAGCAAAGUCACGCUACCCGUAUUCUUCAACGAGCCUCUGAGUAUGUUACAACGAAUGUGUGAGGAUAUCGAGUACAUUGAGCUGUUAUCACUCGCCAGCUGUGUUGGACGAGGUUUUGUGCCUGCGGAAGAAGGCGGUGCGGCGCGUACUGCUGCUCAGACACUUGGGGUGUCUUUCGACGAUUUGUGUGGAUUAGACGAGGAGGAUGCGAGUUUGGUGAGAAUCAUGUAUGUCGGGGCCUAUGCGAUGAGCAAUUACUCGAGCACGGUGGGCAGGGUGAAUAAACCUUUCAAUCCAUUGCUGGGCGAGACAUAUGAGUUGGUCCGGGAGGACAAGGGUUUUAGAUACCUGUCCGAACAAGUUUGCCAUCAUCCGCCAAUCAGUGCGUGUCACUGCGAAUCCCCAGAUUAUACUUUCUGGACGGAAGUCAAUGUGAAAUCCAAGUUCUGGGGAAAAUCCCUUGAGAUUCACCCUCUUGGAAUGUGCCAUGCACGUCUUCCUGUCUAUACAAAAGCUACCAAUCCCGAAGAGAAAGCCAGUGUUUCCGGCAUGGAGCAUUAUAGCUGGAAAAAGGUGACCACAAAUGUGAACAACCUCAUUGUUGGCAAGCUUUGGAUCGAUCAUUAUGGCGACAUGGCGAUACACAACUACCGGACAGGAGAGGAUUGCAUUAUCACCUUUAAACCCAAGAAUGCCGGCGGAGGAUGGUUUGGCUUGGGCGGGGGGAGCAAGAAGAAGGAUGACGCAAACGGAGACGCGGAUAACGGCGGUGGUGAAAUUGUUGGAAUCGUCAAGGACGCGAAUGGGGUAGUCAAAUGGGAGCUAAAAGGGCGCUGGGACGACAAGGUCGUAGCGCACUUUGUCGGCUCACCAGCCGGUAAACCCAAAAUAUUGACUCAACCUCUCCCGUUGUGGCGACGUAACCCCACACCAGCCAAUGCUUCGCAAAAUUUCAACUUUACCGCAUUUGCCUGUUCAUUAAACGAAGCCAAUCCUACUCUCACCUCGGUCCUACCCCCCACGGACUCUCGUAUCCGGCCAGACCAACAGGCAAUGGAAAAAGGUCAGUGGGACCUAGCCAACACCUGCAAAGAAAAGCUAGAAGAACUCCAGCGCAACAGACGAAAAAAUAUUAUCGCAGAGUUUGAGAAAACAGGCGUCCCAUCCGGCCCAUCCUCUGAUGUUGGUAUACCCAUUGGUGAGGCCUGGUGGGUCCCCAGAUGGUUUGUUCGAGAGGUGGAAGAGGAUGGUGGGGAAGAGCAUUGGAGGUUUAAUGGCGAGUAUUGGAAGUGGAGAGACCGGGUUCAGAAUGGUGAGGCGUGGCCUGAAUGGGUUUUGGAUGUUUUUGGGACUCGUGGGGGGGAAUCGGUAUAGUGGACGGUAGGGGCUUACGUAGAUGUAGAGGGUGUGUUACUGUUACUGUUUGUCUUUUUUUUCUUUUUGGUUUGAUUUUGUUGAGGUACUCUAAAUACAAUUUUGAUGCGCGGAAAAAACUGCAUUCAGACAGCAA